CCUGCCCUGCCCCGUCCCUUCGCUCGGCUCCGAGGGGGAAGACGCGGAGCUGGGAGCCCUCCGGCGAUGAGCCACAUCUACGGCAGCCACCUCUCCCCKCUGGGCAGCCCGUCCAUGGUUUAUCUCCCGGCCGCGCUCGGCUUYGCCCCCGCGGGGGCGAUGUCCCGGCAGGACCCCCCUCAAAAACCCCCCUACAGCUACAUCGCCCUCAUCGCCAUGGCCAUCAAAGAAGCUCCGGGCCAGAAGGUGACCCUCAGCGGCAUCUACCAGUUCAUCAUGGACCGCUUCCCYUUCUACCACGACAACAAGCAGGGCUGGCAGAACAGCAUCCGCCACAACCUCUCCCUCAACGACUGCUUCGUCAAAGUGCCCCGCGAGAAGGGGCGGCCCGGCAAGGGCAGCUACUGGACCCUGGACCCGCGGUGCCUGGACAUGUUCGAGAACGGCAACUACCGCCGCAGGAAGAGGAAGCCCAAAGCCGCGGCCCCGCCGGACACCAAGGGUGGCGAGCAACCGGGACCGCCCGCUCGCCCCGUCGAGCCCAAACGGGUCAAGGGCAGCGCGGCGGCGGCGGGGAGGGGGRUCCCGGGGGAUGCGGGGGUCCCGGGGGAUGCGGGGGUGCCUCGGCCGGGCGGGGGGACAGCGCCUUCCCCCGGGGUGCCCCCGCCCGUCCCCGCUGCCCCACCGCACAAGAACACCCCCCGAGCCCGCAGCUUCAGCAUCGAGAGCAUCCUGGCUCAGGGGCUGCGGCCGCCGCCCCCCGGGGCAGCCCCCAAAAUGGCCCGGGACAGCCCCGCCGGUUGCCUCGGCGGCUCCCUGGUGGCCAGCGGCGGCUUCGGGCCGAGCCUCAACGCCUCGCUGAUGCUCGACUCCCAGGUGCACGGGAGGCUUUACCACAUCGGCAUCCCCUUCCUCUCCUGCUUCCCUCUGCACUUCUCCGAGGCCGUGUUUAAUCUCCAGUAGCUGCCCCCCCAAUUUAACGCCCCCCGGCCCCGAGCGCUGCUCCGGGGGGCGCGAUGGGAGGGAGACACCGGACUCAGACCUCACCACGCGGGUAAAGAACUAAAAAAAAAAUACCAAAAUCCCCCCCAAGCGAUGUUUUAAAGGUGACUCAGGAUUUCAGGGCAUUUUCAAGGCGCGUCUUGCUGCGGACUGUCUUUAGCGGUUGCCUCCCCCCCCCUGCCAGAGCGACUUUUGAA